AUGAAAGCCUGCACCCCUGAGCCAGAGCUGGAAUGGCCUCAUGUGAAGCAGACCCAAAGUGAUAACUUUGGCUGGUGCUGCCAUGAGGCUGAGCACUCUAUGCUCUUCGGUCAGAAACCGGGGUCUUUUCCACAUAAGAAGUGUAUGAAACCCGAGGCAUGUAACCCUAAUGGCACUGAGGGUAUGCCUGUGGGGAUGAAAGCCCGUGCCCCUGAGCCAGAGCUGGAACAGCCUCAUGUGAUGCAGACCCAAAGGGAUAAUGUUGGCUGCUGCUGCCAUGAGGCCAUGAGACCAUGUUGCCGAGGCAAAGAGAGGCUUUGGCCUAGCAGACUAGCUGUCACCACUGACAGCAAACCUGAGGAACUUCCUGUGUUCUGGCAGAAUACCUACAUGAGCCCUGAAACAGCAAAGGGAGAAUAUUGCCAUAUUCUGGAAAACCCAGGAAGUCCUCUGCUGUCCAAAGAUGGAGAUGUGAUAAUUGGAGCUAUCUUUGCAAUACAUGAUGGUACCCAGAUGCAGCUGCUGACAUAUACUGAAAAACCUCAACCUUUAAUCUGCAUUAGACUUAACCUCAGUGAAUUCCGCCUUGCUCAGACCUUGAUUUUUGCUAUUGAAGAAAUCAACAGAAACAACAGAUUGCUCCCAAAUAUUUCAAUUGGAUACAGGAUUUAUGACAACUGUCUCUCAAGAAUGUUAUCUAUGAAAGCAGCUAUGGCUUUGAUGAAUGGUCAGGACAUAACAGCAGAUGGUGCCUGCUCUGGACAAGCAGUAGUACAAGCCAUCAUUGGAGAGUCAGAGUCUACUCCUACUAUAGUACUCACAAAAACUACAGGACCAUUUAAUAUCCCAGUGGUAAGUUAUGCUGCUACAUGUGAAUGUCUGAGCAACAGAAAAGAGUACCCUUCUUUCUUCAGGACCAUAGCGAGUGACUACUACCAGAGUAGAGCUCUUGCAUCUUUGGUUAAGCACUUUGGCUGGUCUUGGGUGGGAACUGUGAACAGUGAUAAUGACUAUGGAAACAGUGGAAUGGCUAUUUUUCUGAAUGCAGCCAAAGAAGAGGGAAUAUGUGUUGAGUACUCUGAGAAGUUUGACCGGUCAGACACUGCCAAAAUCAAGAAAGUGGUGGAUAUUAUUAAACAAGGCACAGCCAAAGUAAUUAUCAUAUUUCUUGCCCACUUUGAUAUGAAAAUUCUAAUAGAACAGCUUAUUCUGAAGAAUGUCACCGGCUACCAGAUGAUUGGUGUUGAGGCAUGGAUUACUUCUGUCAAUAUAUUAACACCAGGAAGUUACAACAUAUUUGCUGGGUCUAUUGGUUUUGCUAUAGGAAAAUUGAACAUUGCUGGUUUUGCUGACUAUGCUAUCAAUGAAUUUUGGCAAUCAGCAAUCCCUUGCUUGCAUACAGAGGGAAACAUUUCUCAAACAACUGAAAACAACUGCAACAGAUAUAAAGAUAUUAUUCAACUUAAAAACUUCACAGAAGAUAUAGCAGAACAGAGGUAUGCAAAUAACAUGUACAAUGCAGUUUAUGCUGUGGCACAUUCUCUACACCAUCUGUUGACAUGCACAGAAAACCAGAAUUGUGACAAAGAGAAAAAAAUACAACCAUGGCAGGUUGUUGAGUCUCUAAAGAAGGUAAAUUUUACCACCAAAAUAGGAGACAAUAUACUGUUUGACAGAACUGGGGCAACGGCUGCAAAGUAUGAUGUAGUGAACUGGCAACGAGGGCUCAAUGGAGAAAUGGAGUUUAAGGUUGUGGGCUAUUAUGAUGCCUCUCUGCCAAAUGGACAACAGUUUGUCCUAAAUUCUGAAGAUAUAGUCUGGGCUGGAGAGAAAAAAAAGCCAAGGUCUGUGUGCAGUGAGAGCUGUCCUCCAGGAACCAGGAAAGCUGCACAGAAAGGAAGGCCUGUCUGCUGCUACGACUGUAUACCAUGUGCAGAUGGAGAGAUCAGUAACCAGACAGAUUCAAAUAACUGUGAGCAGUGUCCAGGAGAAUAUUGGUCUAAUGCUGAGAGAGAUAAAUGUGUGUUAAAGGUCAUAGAGUUUCUUUCAUUUACAGAGGUUAUGGGGAUAAUACUGGUAGCUUUUUCUUUGACUGGUGCUAUAUUAACUGUGUUAGUAGCUAUUUUGUUUCUAAUAGAAAAGGACACUCCCAUUGUUAAAGCCAACAACUCUGAGCUAAGCUUCCUGUUGCUCUUCUCUCUGACUCUGUGCUUCCUCUGUUCACUUACUUUCAUUGGAAGGCCCUCUCAGUGGUCCUGUAUGCUGCGUCACACAGCGUUUGGGAUCACCUUCGUCCUCUGUAUCUCCUGUGUACUUGGGAAAACUGUAGUGGUGUUAAUGGCCUUCAGAGCUACACUUCCAGGAAGUAAUGUCAUGAAAUGGUUUGGGCCUCUACAGCAGAGACUCAGUGUACUUGCCUUUACUCUCAUACAGGUUCUUAUCUGUGUUCUUUGGUUAACAGUUUCUCCUCCUUUCCCGUACAAAAACAUGAACUACUACAAGGAAAAGAUCAUAUUAGAAUGUAGUUUGGGCUCAGCUAUAGGUUUCUGGGCUGUUUUGGGUUAUAUAGGAGUUCUUGCUUUCCUAUGCUUUGUUUUAGCUUUUCUAGCUAGGAAGCUGCCUGAUAAUUUCAAUGAAGCAAAAUUCAUCACAUUCAGCAUACUUAUCUUCUGUGCAGUUUGGGUCACUUUUAUUCCAGCUUAUGUCAGCUCUCCUGGAAAAUUCACUGUAGCUGUGGAGAUAUUUGCUAUUCUGGCCUCUAGUUUUGCUCUGUUAUUCUGCAUAUUUACACCUAAAUGUUACAUUAUUCUCUUUAAACCUGAACUAAACACAAAGAAAAAUAUGAUGGGGAAAACAGCAUCAAAAUCCCUAUAA